CCAGCCCCAUCAGGCAGGUGUAGCUGGGUCCCAGGACCUGCAGGCCCCCAGCCCCCCCAGCUGAGCCCUCCCGUCCCCAGCCCACGGGCAACUGCUGUUGUUUGGCCAGCCUGGCGGGAGCCAGAGCCCCUGGCUCCCCCCCCCGCUGAGCAGGGUGGGGCCAAUACAGUUUGGGCCCGCCUGGGGGGUCCGUCCCACUCCUCCGCUCACUCCUGCUGCUCUCUGAGCCCCACACGCCCUGGGCUCCUCCAUGUAUGACGACUCCUGUAUCCAUGGCUUCGAGGACUCCGAGGUGGGCUCAGCCGAUUCCUACACCAGCCGGCCGUCCCUGGACUCAGACGUGUCCCUGGAGGAGGAGCGCGAGACGGCCCAGCGCGAGGUGGAGAACCAGGCACAACACCAGCUGGAGAGGGCCAAGCACAAGCCAGUAGCGUUUGCCGUGCGCACCAAUGUCAGCUACUGUGGAGCCCUGGAUGAGGAGUGUCCCGUGCAGGGCUCCGCCAUCAACUUCGAAGCCAAAGACUUCCUGCACAUCAAGGAGAAAUACAGCAAUGACUGGUGGAUCGGGCGGCUAGUGAAGGAGGGGGGGGACGUCGCUUUCAUCCCCAGUCCCCAGCGGCUGGAGGCCAUACGCCUGAAGCAGGAGCAGAAAGCCAGGAGAUCUGGCAACGCCUCCGGCCUCGGGGACCCCAGCAAGCGGCGAUCGCCUCCCCCGUCCUUAGCUAAACAGAAGCAAAAGCAGGUGGAGCACAUCCCACCCUACGACGUGGUUCCCUCCAUGAGACCCGUGGUGCUGGUGGGCCCCUCCCUGAAAGGAUAUGAGGUGACGGACAUGAUGCAGAAAGCGCUCUUCGACUUCCUCAAGCACAGGUUCGAUGGCAGGAUCUCCAUCACCCGCGUCACCGCCGACCUGUCCCUCGCCAAGCGCUCCGUCCUCAACAACCCGGGCAAGCGCGCCAUCAUCGAGCGCUCCGCCACCCGGUCCAGCAUCGCCGAGGUGCAGAGCGAGAUCGAGCGCAUCUUCGAGCUGGCCAAGGCCCUGCAGCUGGUGGUGCUGGACGCCGACACCAUCAACCACCCGGCCCAGCUGGCCAAGACCUCGCUGGCCCCCAUUGUGGUCUACGUCAAGGUGUCCUCGCCCAAGGUGCUGCAGCGGCUGAUCAAAUCCCGGGGCAAGUCGCAGGUGAAGCACCUCAACGUGCAGAUGAUGGCAGCAGACAAGCUGAUGCAGUGCCCGCCGGAGCUCUUCGACGUGAUCCUGGACGAGAACCAGCUGGAGGAUGCCUGUGAGCACCUGGCCGAGUACCUGGAGGUAUACUGGGGAGCCACACACCACCCGCGGGGCAGCCAGCCCCUCCUCACGCCGCCCGCCGCCAUCCCGGGCCUGCAGAACCAGCAGCUGCUGGGGGAGCGGGGUGGCGAGCACUCCCCCCGAGAGCACGGCACCCCGAUGCACUCGGACGAGGCGAGCGAGACCUCCCGCAAGCCCUGGGUGGCCACCUCGCCGAGCAGCUCCCAGCACCUGGAGGACGAGUACCCGGACGCCUACCCGGAGCUGUACCAGCCCCACCGGCACCACCACAGCGCCCUGCACGGCGCCAACGGGCACGACUCGCAGGACCGGCUCCUGCAGCGCGAGGCUGAGCAGAACCACAACGCCAGGCCCUGGCAACGCACCAGACCCUGGGCCAAGGACAGCUACUGACGGGCACUGCCCUGGGCUCACCCGCCGACUGCACUGGGCUCAGCGAGCCGCGGCCCCGCCCCACCCCUCCCCACUGUCAGACCAGCCCCAUGAGCCCACGCAGCCUGGCCUCCUGGCCCCAGCACUGGCUGACCUGCCCCGGUCUGCCCCCAAACACAGCCCCCCUUGCCCGGCAUGCAGCCCCGCAGGAAGCUGGUGUACCCAACUGACCUACUGGGGGAAGGAAAAGCCGUCUGUCCUCAGGCCCCCUGCUAGGCAUUGCUCAGACAAUCUCCCUGGAGGGAAACCCCACAGACCCCUGCCAGGGCGCUGUUCCCAUCCUGUCCAGCUGUGAAAGGAGAGGGCUGGGAGCCAGGACACCUGGGUUCUAUGCACUGGCUGAGCCUGGGCAAGUCAGGCCCCUGCUCCAGGCCUCAGUUUCCCUGGUUGAAGCUGCAGAACUGGCAGUGCUUGCUCCAGGCCCCUAUGGCCCCCUUGCCCUCUGCCAUGGGGCUGGGCUCCCUGGAGCAGGGCCUGGCAGUCCAGCGAACAGGGCAAAAUUUGCUAAGUGCAAAACCCGCAAGGGAGGAUGAACAGCCUGGACCCUGCCCCCAUCCCCUCUUUCAGUGGGGCUCAACCCUGAUUCUCCCUCAGCCUGCCCCCCACAUCCACUGGGCUUGGCCCCACCGCCCACACCCCGUAACCACUAGCACCCAGCCACGGCCAGAGAAGCCUGUACAGACUGCACCCCGCCACCCUCCGCUGGAUGGACUGGGAACGGUGUGCCUGAGGGGGACACAGGUGCUACCCACUAGCGGCAGAGGGAGAUUCCCCCCCGGCUGGGGCCAUGGGGGCUGCGCUGCGGGGGCAGCUGGGGCGAGCCCGCGGGGGGCCGGGCAGCGCGGAGCCGACACGGGUUUGUUACAACUCGUUUGGAGGAAGCACUUACUGCCCUGACACCUGUAGCCUGUUUAACAAAGAAGCGUUUGCAGUUUA